GAGUGGAGAACAGAACUCUGUCUUUGUGUCUUAACUGUCAGAAAAUACAUUUAGUUCAAAAAAGUGUUAAGAGAGUGUAUUUAGUGUAUAUUCAAAUAAUCAAAAUACCAGAAGAAAAUCAACACUCUGAAUUCAGGUUUUGAAUUUCAAACAUGCAGACAGUUUGCCACAUGCAUUGGAUAGUAAUAUACCUAAUAAAGUAAACAAUCCAAGUAAGCCCUCCAAGCUAAAGCAUGCUAACUACGCUAACAAAGGAUUGGAAAUGUGCAUAACAUUUUGUGCCGACUCAAGAUGUCAAACAAAAGCUAGGGACUGAUUAUAUUAAGUUCCUGUGAGCUGUAAAUUCACCACUUUUAAGCAGAAGAUAAUGUUAUGUCAGAGCUGGACUGGGCAAAGCUUCUCCUCCUCUGGGUAACUGCCUCCUUCACACUCAAGCCCUUUAUCCACAGAGAUCGCACUGUAGAGCUAAUACGAGGUCCCUUUUUUAUGUUGCCUUUGCAUUUUGCAAAGCACCAAACAACUGUGGCAUCAUUAAAGAAAUCAAUCAAAGAAAUCGUCCCGAAAGUUACAGAUGCGCUGACUCUGUUAAUAAGUUCCGUAGUGACGGCGGCUGUAAAUGAAUCUACUAAACUCUUGCUCCAAGAGUGGGGAAAACACAUGGACAUGAUCAGAAGAGGACAAGAGUCAGCUGUGAAAGCAGCGACCAAAGCUGCGAUGGAGAUAAGUAAAUUGAAGUUUGAGUGUGACAAAGUUGAGCAAACUACUCGCAAGACAAACAUUAUCAUUAGAGGAAUCCCGUUAACAAACGGUGAGAACACAAAGAAAGUAGUAGUUGAUCUGGCAGCCGAGAUGGGAGUGGAGAUGAAAGAGCAGGACAUCAGCGUAAGCUACCGUCUGCCAGGGAAACGUGGAAGAGUGCACGAGGCUGAAGAUCAACACCGCAGCAGAAACAUUUUUGUCAAGUUUGUCAGGUAUGAAACCAAACUUCAAAUUAUGGGAAACAAAAAACGUCUAAGGAGUAUUGAUGGGAAAAACAGAGUCUUUAUUGAGGAAGACCUUACGCCUUUGAGAGGAAAGAUCCUGAGACAAGUGAGGAUGGAUCCAGAGAUUAAAAGAGCCUGGACAAUGGACGGUAACAUCUGUUGCAUCAUUAAGGACAACGAUCAAGAGAUGAAGAAAACCAUCUACUCCGGUGAUGAGCUAAUAUCCAAACUGGGAUGGUCUGCAGAAAAAGCCCAAAGUGUUGGGAUUUAUGUAGACUUCCCCUAGGCUAGCGCUGACCCCUCACUACAUGCAACUUGUAUCAAGGAUAUAACUUGUAAAAAUUCUUCCGGUCGAUUUAAGACUAAACAGGAGACAGAUAUCAAAUUCCUUGGACUAAAUGUGUGUGGAUUAUGUGCUAAAUUUCAACUUGGGAUUCUUACAGAAUACAUUAAAGACUAUGACUUUAUUUGUUUAACAGAGACCAAAACAG